CUCCAGCCUCACUCAACAACCAAGCAAGCCGUCACGAUGGGGAAGUGCAAGUACAUUCUGCUCGACUGCGACAACACUCUCUGCCAGUCCGAGCGUCUCGCCUUCGAGGCCUGCUCCGAGCUCACCAAUGAGGUGCUUGAGAAGCACAAGAUCGAUGCCCGCUACAAUGUCGACAGCCUACUCGAGGACUUCGUCGGCCACAAUUUCCGCAACAUGCUCGUUGGCCUGCAGAAAAAGCACAACUUCGAAAUGAGCAAAGAGGAGCAGGACGACUACGUUAGCCGUGAGCUCGGCAAGGUCACGCAGAAGCUCAGCGAGAAGUGCAAGGAGUGUCCCGGUGUCACUCAGCAGCUCGAGUGGGCCCAGAAGCAAGGCUACCCGAUGGCCGUCGUUUCCACCUCCGCCAAGCCGCGUGUCAUCGCUUCACUGCAGAAGACCAACCUGCUCCGCUUCUUCAAGGAGGAGCAUGUCUACUCCGCCGCCACGUCACUCAACCCGCCUUCCUCCAAGCCAGACCCAGCUAUCUACAUCCACGCCUGCAAGGAGCUCGGUGUCAAGCCUGAGGACUGCCUCACCGUCGAGGACAGCAAGUCGGGCGCUACUGCCGGCAUGCGCGCCAAUAUACCGCUUAUUGCUUACGUCGGCAUCUACGGCCUUGAGGACGGCAAGGAGAAGGAGGACCAGAUGGCUAAGACGCUGACCGAGCAGUGCAAUGCCAAGGUUGUCAUGCACGAUUGGAAGGAGUUCCCGGAGUGCGUGAAGAAGAUCGAGGAGAGCAUGUAAGCUUGCUGGGCUUGCGAUGCUUCCCAUGAAGACUCUGCGUGGUGAGAUGACUGAUGAUGUGAUGUGCUCACGGCUGCAUGGAGAGCAAAGGUCAAUGCAGAUAGUCAUAUGCUGAGCUAGACUCUCAUAGACGGCAUCUGAUAUGGCAGACAGGCAGAUAAAAGUGACCUUUCCACGUAGAAUGCGACCUUCAAAUCUACGUGCCCCGCUUUAGACGAUUGCAACCUGAGCAAACAGGUAGGUGCUCACAAUGCGAGACUUGGCCGAGCGGAGGACUCCGACAUCUGCCGGAUUGCCUACCCAUAGGAAUUGUUGCAGAACGUGACCAACUCCCAAUACCACGGAUUCGGAACUAUCUCACAUAUGUCUGACCGACUCCGUGACCGCUUGCGAGCUAUAGGGGAAGA